GGUCUGUGCAAUGAGUACUGUAACACAGUGUAACUCUUAUUGAAAUAAUUAUCUGUACACAGAUUCCCCCAGCGAUAGCCAUUCUUCACAAUCCGUACUCUCAUGAAACCUGGUUUGCUCCUGCAGUCUUCCUCUUUCUCACUCAGAUAUGAUGGUCAGUAGCUAUGCUCCCCUUCCUGUCUGCACCAGUGGCCUGAUUCUUUUUUUGCAGACUCACAGCAGUCCUUUGCUCCUAAACCUUUGGUUUUCUUUUUACUGUAUUGGUUGUUCCCAUCAUGCUUUCUUCUGCACAGCUCGUAGACUCACACUUGAGAUGCAUUUUACAGGUUUCCUUCAAGGUACAAAAGCUCCUUUUCCUCAGUUUUGCAUAUAAUUCUCAUCCAGUGAUUUCAUACAGACUGAAACCUUUGGCAUGAAUAUCAGUCAAGAAUUUUUAGGAACAUCUGCCAUGGUGAGAAUCCUGACUUUUGGUUUUGUGUCCUCUGCUGAAUCAUACUAGUUUCAUCACUGGAGUCAAGGUGGAGAUUGUGUGAAUAGGAGCACAAGACAUAAGCUUGUGGGACUGGACUGGUACACUGUGCUAUCAAAAUCUGUCUUCAAAGCAGGGAUUAUAGUAAUGUGAAUUGGCUGCAGCCUUAUAUUACAUUUUUCUACCCCCACAACAGUGUGCUGGUAUGUUAACUGCUUCAUCAGAGAAGAAAGCAGAGUUCUGAAGAACAGAAUGUUAAUCUUUUUCUCUCUUGGCAAACAUUGAACUUAAAAAGAUCUUUUCAGUACAACUAACGUUCAGAAGCAGAAAUCCUUACUCUUAAUUCUCAUCAGGCACCAUCUUCAGUCUAUUUCUUCAAUAUUUUUAGCCAAGCAGAGGAGAGCUUUCUUCAGUGCUUGUCCAUCUGUCUCAACUGAACUUGACUUCCUUACUGUUUUUCUCACAUUACAAAUGCCUAAGAACAGCAAGGUAGUGAAAAGAGAACUAGAUGAUGAGGUCAUUGAGUCUGUUAAGGACCUUCUUUCUAAUGAAGACUCUUCAGAUGAUGCCUUUAAGAAGAGUGAACUUAUGGUUGAUGAUCAGGAAGAAAAAGAUGUAGAUGUUGAAGAAGGCUCAGAUGUAGAAGAUGAAAGACCUGCUUGGAACAGCAAACUCCAGUAUAUUCUGGCACAAGUUGGAUUUUCCGUGGGAUUGGGGAAUGUGUGGCGAUUCCCAUAUCUAUGUCAGAAAAAUGGUGGAGGUGCCUAUCUUGUGCCAUACUUAAUUUUGCUACUGAUAAUAGGGAUUCCACUCUUCUUCUUGGAGCUUGCUGUGGGGCAGAGAAUCCGCCGAGGGAGUAUUGGUGUGUGGAAUUACAUCAGCCCUAAACUUGGAGGAAUUGGAUUUGCAAGCUGCGUAGUAUGUUUCUUUGUGGCCCUGUACUACAAUGUCAUUAUUGGAUGGAGUUUGUUUUACUUUUCCCAAUCUUUUCAGCAUCCAUUACCGUGGGACCAGUGUCCUUUAGUUAAAAAUACAUCUCAUACCUUUGUGGAGCCAGAGUGUGAAAAAAGUUCUGCAACCACUUACUACUGGUACAGAGAAGCACUGAAUAUUUCUAGCUCUCUGUCAGAGAGCGGGGGUUUGAAUUGGAAGAUGACUAUCUGUUUGCUGGCUGCCUGGGUCAUGGUAUGCCUAGCCAUGAUCAAAGGCAUUCAGUCUUCAGGCAAAAUCAUGUAUUUUAGUUCCCUUUUUCCUUAUGUGGUACUUUUAUGCUUUCUGAUCAGAGGACUGCUCCUUAAUGGAUCAGUGGAUGGAAUUCGUCACAUGUUCACACCUAAGCUUGAAAUAAUGCUGGAGCCCAAAGUCUGGAGAGAAGCUGCUACUCAGGUGUUCUUUGCCUUAGGGCUUGGAUUUGGUGGAGUCAUUGCCUUUUCAAGCUACAACAAGAGAGACAACAACUGCCAUUUUGAUGCUGUACUGGUGUCCUUCAUCAAUUUUUUCACUUCUGUGCUGGCAACUUUGGUGGUGUUUGCAGUUCUGGGCUUCAAAGCCAAUAUCAUAAAUGAAAAAUGUGUUAUCCAAAAUUCAGAGAAGAUUUUAAAACUUUUGAAAAUAGGCAAUCUGAGUCAGGAUAUGAUCCCACAUCAUAUUAAUUUCUCAAGCAUUACAGCAGAAGAUUACAAUUUAGUUUAUGACAUUAUUCAGAAAGUUAAAGAAGAAGAGUUUGAUUCUCUUGGUCUGAAAUCUUGUCAAAUUGAAGAUGAGCUUAAUAAGGCAGUUCAAGGAACUGGUUUAGCUUUUAUUGCCUUUACAGAAGCAAUGACCCACUUCCCUGCUUCUCCCUUCUGGUCAGUCAUGUUCUUCCUCAUGUUGGUAAAUCUGGGACUUGGAAGUAUGUUUGGAACCAUUGAAGGCAUCAUCACACCCAUUGUUGAUACCUUCAAAGUCAGGAAAGAAAUUCUUACUGUCAUCUGCUGCUUGGUAGCAUUUUUUAUUGGCCUGAUCUUUGUGCAGCGCUCUGGAAAUUAUUUUGUGACUAUGUUUGAUGACUACUCAGCUACUCUACCCCUGCUUAUCGUGGUCAUUUUGGAGAAUAUUGCAGUUACCCGAAUUUAUGGAAUAGACAAAUUUAUAGAAGAUCUGAAAGAUAUGCUUGGGUUUUCUCCAAGCCAAUAUUACUACUACAUGUGGAAGUAUGUUUCACCUUUAGUAUUGUUAUGUUUGCUGGUAGCUAGCAUUGUCCAAAUGGGUUUAAGUCCUCCUGGCUACAGUGCUUGGAUUGAAGAUACGGCUACAGAAGAGUUCCACAGCUAUCCAACAUGGGGAAUGAUUGUCUGUAUAUCUCUGAUGGUGUUGGCCGUACUGCCAGUCCCAAUAGUCUUCAUGGUGCGCCGUUGCAACCUUAUCGGUGACAGCUCCAGUAGUUUGGCAUCUGUAUCCUAUAAAAGAGGCCGGAUAAUAAAGGAACCUGUUAAUCUGGAGGGAGAUAAUACAAGUUUGAUUCAUGGAAAGAGUCCAAGUGAAAUGCCGUCUCCAAAUUUUGGCAAAAACAUAUAUCGAAAACAGACUGGAUCACCAACUUUGGACACUGCUCCAAAUGGACGUUAUGGUAUUGGGUACCUGAUGGCAGAUAUGCCUGAUAUGCCAGAGUCUGAUUUGUAACUACAGAAAAAAAAUGCUGUUUGUUUCUCCUCUCUCACUGAUUAUGACUCUCCUAUGAGAAGUGGUCAGCUUUACUUACUAGGAUGCAAUCUCAGGUGCUCCAUAG